AUGCACCCCAAGAGGACCAGGAAGCAGGCGGGCAACAGGGCGAAGGGGAGCGGAGAUUCUGGCCUGGGGCUGGCGGACCCCCUGCAGGAGCAGAAGAAUGAGAAGAUUCGCCUCUUCAUGUUGGACUUCAUCCAGCAAAGAAAGGAUCGCAUUGAGGAGGUGAAGAAGGAGCUGGAGGUCCUCGACGGGCUCCCAGACCAGAUCAUGGAGGUGGAGCUUCUGAAGAUGCCGGUGUCCAUCCGACAGAUGAAGGUCGGAGACUAUUACAAGCUGAUGGAAGCAAACAAAGUGGAGGAAGCGGCUUUGGCAAAGGCGGAUAGUCUGGAAGAAGAGCUGCGCGAAGUCAAACUUGUGAGAAAGAACAGCAAAAGGGUUAAGAUGACGACCACUACAGAAUACCACGACCCCGUCCACGCUAAAGUGACGUCCACCACCCAGAAGAGCAGGACGGUCCCCAAGAUCACUAAAAGUAAAUCCUUUGUUGGUGACAGCGCCAAGAAGCCCGCCAUGAUGAGGCUUCUGAUCUAUUCCUCUCGGUCAAUAUCUGCCACCCCCCUCGGUAAAGCACCCAGGAAGGCUUUGUUGUCUACUUCAUCCUGCCGACCUGAAGCCAGGAACACAAGGUCCACACGAAGCAGAGCAAUGUCCUCCCUGGGUGAGCACCAGCCACUAAUGGACGGCUUCCCGCUUCUUCAUAUCCCGCUGUUGGAUGGGCAGACUCUGUCCUCGGCUGUUGAUGAUCUGGAUUCUGUGAAUGUGGAGCUACUAAGAGCGGACACCGUGCAACACAUUCACAAUCUUGUGGGUCAGCUGACCAAUUUGUGCACCAAAGCUUACAAAACCAGCCAAUGA